AUGCCCAAACGUUAUUGCUCCCAAGUGUCAAAGAUUUCCGAUGAAAUGGAUUUCGAGCUCAUCCUGAGUGGCCACCCGCGUCAAAAGCGCCUGAAACGAGUCUCGUCGUCCCCGCUGCCUAUAACGCACAAUUCCUCCAGUGAGGAUAUCACAACUGAAUCAAAACGCAGAGAUUCGAGUGAUGGAAAUGUUUUUGCUUCGCUCUCCCAACGACUACGAACAGAUGAAGGGGAAGUUGGCCAAGCAGCGUGUCUCGAACGCGAAACUCCAGAGUAUGACAGAAUCGCUGCUCUGCUGCCUCCAGUCUUCGCUGAGCAUGAUGCAUAUGUUGUUGGAUAA